GCAAAGUCAACAAGCAGCCAGACUGGAGAUGAAGGACCCACUGGGAACUUGCACUUACAGCCUGCUGUACGAGGACCUCAAGAGAUUCUCGAAAAAUGGAGAGACUUUUUGCAAAGAACUUGUAACAGUUUUCCAGCAACGAUCAGAGCUGGAGAUCAACUAUGCCAAAGGCCUGCAGAAGCUGGCAGGGAAACUCAUCAAAGUAUCCAAAGCCAUGAGUAACAACUCAACGUACAAUGCCUGGUCUCUGGUGUCAAAUGAGAUGUUCUCCAUAGCAGAUGCUCACAGAAUACUGGGACAUGCUCUACAACAAGAUACCGUUCUGGAGAUCCGGCAGAUCCUGGAUGAACACACCAAAAGGAAGAAGCCACUGGACAACACCAUUGAAAAAUCUGGAAAACUUGUCGUUACAAACUGGAAUGAACAACUGAAGGUAAAGAAAAAGCUGAGUGCUUUAACCAGAGAACAUGAGGCACUGUUCAGUUUUGUGGAAAAGAACAAACAGAUAUGCACAGAGAAAGAGAAGCAAAAGAUGUUUAACAGACUGACUAAGUCAGCAGAGCUUCAGGUCAAGGUUGAUGAGGAGUACUUCAAUAUGAACAUGGACGGCCAUAAGAUGAGACUGAAGUGGGAGUACACACUGAAAUCCUGCUAUCAGAUCAUUCAAGAGCUGGAGAAGCAAAGGAUAGAGACUCUGUGCAGCACACUAAAUAAAUAUAGUCUCCACAUGUCCAGCUAUAGCCAAACUCUUCUUCAAAGUGAGAAACAGAUCGAGGAGGCCAUUGGUAGAGUGGAUGUGGAGAAAGACCUCCAGACUCUGGUGGAAGACACCUGUGUUACUGCAGAAGAUACAGAGGCUGAAUUUCUGAUGGCUGAUUACUUUGAGGAGGAUGGGAGGACAAUAAUGGGGAGAGAAAGAAGACGAGACGCGUUAAAGAUUAAACUUCAGCGACUGGAGGAAUGGAUCACAAGAACUAAGGAGGAUAAAGAUGGACUGGAGAGAACAGCGAUGUCCUCUGAAAGCACAUCAGACCUCGGUCAAAGAAACACAGAGGAAACUGAGCAGAUACUUGAUGCGAACACUUUAAAACUGGAUCUUUUGGAGGCCACACACUGCAAACUGAACCAAGCUUUGAUGGAUUUAGAGGGAAAACCAAGGCCUUUACAUCGGUUUAGUAACAGCAUCAAGAAAUUCAAAGAUAAGGACUGUGAGCACAGCACAGUCAAACUGUCACGACCAGUUAAGAUCAAAAAGACACCACUCAGAUCACGGCAGUCUUUGAGGACUUCAAUCAUGUAUAAAGGCCCUGCUAAAAAUGGAGCGUCCCGCCAGGACUCUGCUCCAUCUACAGGGGCUGGCACUGCAUCAGCACAACUCAGCCCCACAGAGCCUCAGAGAGCUGAGCUUAACGGAGCUCUGCCCCACUCUGAAGAUGAAGCUGGCAAAGGUGCUGAGUUUUGCAGUAUCGGUAAAUGCAAGGCUUUAUAUGACUAUUCAUCUGAGAGAACUGACGAGUUAAACAUUAAGGAAGGAGAUCUUCUUAACAUCCUUCAGAAGGAUGAUAGUGGGUGGUGGUUUGGAGAACUGAAUGGGGAGAGAGGGCACUUUCCUUCCACAUAUAUUGAGGAGCUGCCCAUCUUAAACGUACCAAAGUCUUCUGAUGCUUAACUCAUGGAAAAGAUUGAUUUUUGUAUUAUUAUAUUGUCACGCUGAAGCACUUUGUAUAUGUGACCAUAUCAAAGCGUACACUUUGUUUAGGGACCUUGAUUUUAUUUUUUUAAGCGUUAAAUAAAGCAGUGAUGCACCCCACUCUAUUUUGCCCGCUAAACCUGUAGUACCUGAGAAACUAGAUGCGCUAUAAAAAACAUUUGGUUAAAACUGUUCACUUGCAACCAACUUUUAUCUGCUUUCAUUUAUCUGUGGAAUUUGUUGAUGAAAUUUAAAUGCAUAAACUGUUGUUGUAGCUGAA